AUGAGUAAUUCUAAGAGAUCUUUGAAAGAAAUCCUUGAUUUUGAAUAUGUGGAGGAUAGUGAGGAAGGUGAAGAUUCGAAUCUGAAUGAUGAUUUGAGUGGAGAUGAUGAUGAAGAGUCUCAACAUGACGUCAAUAUGUGCAACGAAUGUAAAGAUAUGCAAGCUGAAAUUAUCUGUAAUGACUGUGAGGAACACUUUUGUGUUGUAUGCUUUGAAAUGUUACAUAGAGGUGGUAAAAGACGUAAACAUGAGUAUGUUAAGACUACAGAGGAUAAGGGUGAGUCUCCUCAGCAGCAGCAUCCACAACAGCCACAACAACAACCAGCAGAGGAAAAUAAGGUCGAGUCGGCUCCCUCACCUGAAAAUGAUUCAAAUCAAGAGGAUUCCAUUGAUGUCAAAUUGUUAUCCCAUCUGAAAGAUAGUGCCACUUAUAUCCCCAUGAGGCUUACUUUCGAAGAGAGGCACCUUUUGAGAUUACUAGAAGCUGCAUUGCAAGUCUCAGAGUAUACGGAUCGUGUGGAUAUAUUAUCUUAUAAGUCAAAACCCAAGAGAAUCGUGGAACAAUUAAAGGAGAUUUGCUCAGUUCUAUCGGGAUUGGUUGUCGCAUCUAAUAUGAAAAUUGGCCAAAAGUUGCUCGAAAUGAAGAACUUCAGUGAUAAUGCAAAGUGGUUUCAAGCUGUCUUUGAAAUUGGUAGACGUUAUAAAAUAAUGAAUCCUGAAAGAAUGAGAGAUACUUACGGUAAAUUAUGUUAUAUGGUGAUGGAUUCCCGUCUACCACAAAUUGAAGAGCAUAUGGAAUUCCAUCUUUAUAAACCUAUUAAGACCGUUAAAUCGUUUUUAGUCUCCAAGCAAGAAGAUAACGGCAGGGUGUUACAAAUGUUUGAUGAUAAACUCAUUUUGUAUGCAACUUCUUCUGUCUCGCCAGUGGGAAAAUCAAGACCUCAGAUUAACAAAUUGAUAAAGCAAAAGGAAUAUGCUAUCGAAACUUUGGCAUCCAAAUACAGCAGUAAAUAUUACUCAAAGGAAGACAUUAGGCAAGCGCUUUAUUCCAUUGGUGAUUACAACGCUUACAUUAACAUGAAUAGGAAACCUAUCAUUAGAAUGUUGGCGAGAUUAGAUCUCUUCCGCCAACCAGAAAUUGCCAAGAAGUAUUCCAUUGGUAUUCAAUUCGGUAGACAAGGUGCACGUCUAACUCAUGACCACGAACGUCAAUGGCAUUACGUACAACAGUCUCUCAUGCUUUGGUCGAUUAUCCAAAGGGAGAUGAUGCGGUUGUGGUAUUUAGCAGAUAUCGAUCAAUUCGACGGUUCUCAAUACAGAUUAGCAUCCACAGGCCAUGGUCUAAAUCGUAUCAAGCCAUGUCCAUCGAUUUACAAGGAAAUGCACAAGAUUAUCAACGAGUGUCGAUCCAAGACUCAUACCUGGGUUGGUUCCUCUGUGGUUCAUUUGGGUGAUGAUGCUGUCCCUAAUGCACUAUUCUUUUUGGACAAAUACACACAAGUACCUACCAUUUUGAUUCCAUUCGACCAAACUCUACUGAAAAUUAAUGAUUUGGUCGGAAAUGAUGAGUAUUUGCUCGAAUAUGUCAAUAAAGAAUAUGGAUCCGUCGAUGGUUUGAAAUUAACCAUUUUACAAGAUGCUUUCGCUCAUAUGUUCGAUGGUUCAGGCGCUGAUAAUUUCUUUAUGAGUGGAUCUUGCAUUGACGGUAGACUAACUUCAGCUUGGAAUCAUUGUAAUGAGAUCUCUAAGAAAAAGUACUAUAACAUCUUUUUACUAACUGGUUUCACUGGUUUCAAUGGAUCUGAAGGCUUCUCUGCUUAA